UGGGAAUGACCGAUCAGGAAACUCGGGUCCAACUGCCGUAAAUCUAAAGACAACUUCGGACUGAAGUUCAGGUAGAUUGGAUAUAAUUUUUAUUCGAUUUUUAACAUAAAUCUUUAUGAUUAAUGCGAACUGGUGAGCCUACGGCGAAAUCAAGGCGGUCAGACUACCUACAUGUGUACUUGUUAGCAUACCUAGGACCUAGUAACGAGGCGACAAUAUUGUGCUGGCGUCAUCAGUCGUCCAAUCGCACAACAAACAUCCAAUCUUAGAAGCUCCAUUGGAAAUGUUACCAGCAUCCGGUCUCAUGUUAUUUCUCAAAUAUAUAACUAAUAACACCCGGCAUUGCGAGGUGAACAUCUAUUCCAACUCGUUGGGUCGCAACACGGGCUAGUAUAUCGAUAGAUCCUCGACAUGGCAAAACUUCAGUUUCUUGUUGCCUGUCUGUUGGGAGGAGCAUCUUGCUCAGUAAACCCAGGGGCGAGUGGGACCAAUGACAAUCUCCUGAAACGGGCGACCAGCUUUUGGUAUGCUAAUAUGAAUCAUACCGGAGACUAUCGCGGCUAUGCGCCGGACCUAGGCUCCGAUUUCACAUAUCCCGUAUUCAAGGCCGUGAAUCCCGGAGACGGGGCCGGUAUUCAAAAUGCCAUAUACGAUGCCGGAAAUGGCAACCAGCGGCAUCAUCAUUGGCUGGCAUCCCAGCCAAGGGUCGUUUAUCUCCCGCCUGGAACAUACGAAGUUAGCGAGACAAUUCGCAUGAAUACUGACACCAUCUUGAUGGGUGACGCAACAAAUCCGCCCACAAUCAAAGCCGCCGCUGGCUUCUCCGGUGAACAAACUCUUAUCAACGGACAAGAUGCCGAGAACGAUCAACCGGGAGAACUAUCCUUCGCGGUGGGGCUGAAGAAUAUUAUUCUAGAUACCACAAGCAUUUCAGGAGGUAAUGAUUUUACUGCGCUCUAUUGGGGCGUUGCCCAAGUUGCUCAACUCCAAAACAUCAAAAUUGUUAUGCCAUCGUCCACAAACAGCGGAGGCCACACAGGUAUUAGACUUGGGAGAGGCUCAACCCUUGGUCUUGCCGAUGUUCGCGUUGAACGUGGUCAGAAUGGUAUUUUCCACGACGGCCAUCAGCAAGCACUCUAUAAGAGCAUUUACUUUUACCAGAAUACUGUUGGUAUGAAAAUAGCCAAUGGAAACACGAUUAGCAUCAUCGGGGCCACUUUUGACACGGUCGGUACUGCUGUCCAACAUGACGGUGGUGCGCCUUGGAUUGCGCUCAUUGAUGCAACAUCUAUCAACUCGGGUGUAACCUUUAAAACAUCAGGUUAUCCAUCAUUUUUAAUCGAGAAUUUGAGCAAAGAUACGAGUUCGGAUAUUGUUCAAGUGCCAGGAGGUACCCAACUACGUGCCCAGAAGCAUGUGGACAACUUUUCCUACGGUAACACCGUAGGUCGUAAUCCCAUCUACGGCAACGUGAGCUCAUCAUUGAGCCGACCUCUCUCUUUGGCUCCGAAUGGCAAGUAUCCCGUGAUCCCUGCUCCUAAUUAUGCGAACAACCCCGUAUCGGACUUCAUCAACGUGAAGGACCCAUCACAGAACGGCGGGCACACCGUAAAGGGAGACCAUACUAUCGACGAAGCUGGUGUAUUGAACCAAGUAUUGGAAUAUGCGGCGAGCAACAACAAGAUCGCCUACUUCCCGUUCGGCAAGUAUAGGGUCGACGACACUCUCGUAAUUCCAAAGGGUUCGCGCAUUGUCGGUGAAGCUUGGGCGACUAUCACAGGAAAUGGUGACAAAUUCAAGGACUCGUCCAACCCGAGACCGGUGGUAGCUGUCGGUAAAAACGGGGAUGUCGGCGUCGCUCAAAUUCAAGACAUGCGAUUUACGGUAUCCGACGUUCUUCCUGGUGCUAUCAUUCUUCAGUUCAACAUUGCGGGUUCAACCCCAGGCGACGUAGCGUUAUGGAACUCUCUAGUGACCGUUGGUGGAACACUUGGAGCCACUGCACUAGCUGACGCUUGCGGUUCAGCGAGCAACGAAUGCCAAGCUGCCUUUAUAGGAAUGCAUUUCACACCUAGUUCAUCAGUUUAUGUUGAGAACGUUUGGAACUGGGUCGCUGACCAUUUUACGGAGGGUAGCGGUGGUUGUAACAUUGCAGCAAAGGGUGGCGCACUCGUUGAGUCCACCAAAGGGACCUGGCUCCACGCGUUAGGAAGCGAGCACUGGUGGCUGUAUCAGCUCAAUCUACGGAACGCGGCCAAUGUUAUGGUUAGUUUGUUGCAGUCGGAAACUAACUACGACCAAGGAGAUCACACGGAGCAGAUUCCACCAGCUCCCUGGAAAGCUGAUGUGCAAAACUGGGGAGACCCAGACUUUUCAUGGUGUGGUGGAGGAGACACGAGGUGUCGGAUGGGUCUCGCCAACUACGUUCAAGGCGGUUCCGACAUCUACACCUACGCAUCAGGAUCUUGGGCGUUUUUCAGUGGACCUAACUAUCAGAAAUGCUCGGACUUUUGCCAAAACGAUCUUCAUUGGGUCGCUCAAACUCCCACGCGUUUCCAAGCGUACGGUUUGUGCACAACUGGGACUCAAAAUGUGCUCCACCUCGCAGAUGGAACACACAUCGUCGCUCAGCAGGGCUUUACAGGAUCGUGGGGAGGCCUCGUGGGUCGUUACACGCCGUAAGGAAUAAUAGAGCAUGGCUCGCGUGUAUUUGUAAUUUCUGUGCGUUAGAUCUCCGUAUGCAAGUGUCUUGUCGACAUAACAUGACAUAAAUAUUGCGGUCCUACUUGAAAAUACAUACCUACUCAGUUAGGUAGUUCAUAGAAAAGGAGUGAAGUGUGUGACGACGAUAAGCACGAUAAGCAUGUGAUUUGAGGAUCGUCUUUUCGUUACGCGUAAGGGUUUUGUAGUGUAAUGCUUUUCGAAUCUUGUUGCAAUGCCUUGCGAGGGAUCAAUUUCCACAUGCAUCACAUGUGUGCAUAUUUAUCUCUUCAUUGGUUGGUGGAAACAUUUCCCCAGUUUAUUGAGACGAAAAUUUUAAGGAACUGAUAGAUCUUUUUUUUCUCCGUGUCAGCAUGCGGCGUGUUAGAUAAAAAGCGGCCCUGAUAUAUGGACCUCUUACCACA